AAUGAGAAUCUUUUUAAUCGUCGGCUUAAUAACUUUGAGCAACUGUGUUUAGUUUAGUCUUCUUUAAAGAUGUGCUUGCAGUGAAUAUGGAUAAACUUUAUGCGCAUCCUUUGAUUAUUGUGCUUGGAGUGGAAAUGCUUGCGUGGAUAUGGAUUGUAAAUACUUAGAAUCAGCUGAUACAUGCACAGGACCAAAGUCUGGAUAUAAAUGCUCUUGGCAUACUGCAUCAAACAAAUGUGAAACCCACUCCUAUACUUGUAGUGAAAUAUCAGAAGAGGAUUGUGAUGAAAAAGUUUACGGUUUUGAUUGUAUGUGGGCAAAUGACAAAUGCACAAAUUUUUCAUGUGCUUCUGCUACUAUUGAAGAUUGUAGUCCAUUCACUUGUACUAUGAUAGAUUCAAGUGAUACUUGCAAAGAUCCUCAAAGUCUUGAUUGUUCAUCAUUUUCAACCAAAGAAACAUGUAAUUAAUCUGAUGGUAAUGGAAAUAUGUGUUAUUUCAAUAAUGAUUCCGUAUGUUCAUAGUAUGAUAUAGUCUCUGAUGAUUGUUCAGAUUAUUCAGAUGUAAAGGAAUAUUGUAACUUAUAUUGUACUUACAAUGAUGGUACAAAAGCAUGUCAACCAAAAAGUUGUGCAGAUUUUACUACUUCAGAUGAGUGUUAUGUGUAAUUAGAUAUUCCAGGAUUAAAUGUGAUACCAUGUACUUGGACUGGUACUGCUUGUUAAGAAUCUACAGCAUCAGAAAUAGAAUAACUUGAUCUUUUAUCAUGUAUGAUUAAAACCAUGCUUAAUUACAAAUGGUCAUUGGACAAUAACAAAUGCACAGCUUGCACAUAAUUUACAUCAAAUCCAGAAUUCGAACAUUUUUAAGAUUAUUUUGGUGGGGAAAGUUAUAGCAUUCAAAUAAUAGGAAUGAUAGUUGGAUUAAGCUUGAUCUUAAAUUGAG